CUUUCAAAUUAUACCUUGUCAAUUUGAUUUAGAUUCGUAAUUUUAUUGAAUCUAAACAGUAACCCUAACCGGCGGUCCUCAACCGUGGCCAUCUCGUGUGCCCGUCACUGAAUCCUGUUCUCUCAUUUAAGACGAAAAUAAAAGACCAUCUCAUGCUCUUUACCUCCUCUCUGCCAAUCUCUCACCAACGUCACCGGCCUUAAUUCUGUGGUGAUUGCCGCCGGAAACCACAAUCCACCAUCGGUACUUCUCUCUAAUUGGGAGAGCUUGAUUACUCAUAAUUUAUUGAUUUUAGUCUCCAACAUGUUCGAUGCCACUUUUCUCGGUGCGCUCGUGGGUUCCGUUUUGCUGAGAUUAUAAAGGAUUUCUAGUUGAUAAUUGUCUUUUGGAAAAACAAUGUUGUCUUUAAGGAACUUGAGACAUGGGAUCACUGCAGUUUCCCCUACAGUUUUUUUGCCCUUACUUGUCAACAAUGGAUACAAUGCCACUCAGAUUUUCAGACACCAGAUUAGAGUUUCUUCAAGUCACAGGCCUGUCUGUGAGUUCAUCAAUUCCUCUUUGAUCAACUUGUACUUGCCAAUUGUUAUUUUAGGAAUGUCGGAUGGCUUCUCUCGUCAAAUGCAUUCUUUAUCAACUUUUGGUGGAGCUAUCUUGGUCCAGGCUCGAGACCCAGCCAAACUAAGUAUGGAAAUAGAAAACGCUAUUGAUGAUAAUAGAUUUAAUGAUGCCUGGAAGCUGUUUGAACAGCAUAUGCAUAUGGAAGGAUUUCCACGAAAAUCCAUUGUAAAUAAACUUCUAGCAAGAUUUGCAGAAAGCAUUGAUGUUCAGUGGCUUGAGAAGGCUUAUGGCUUGGUGGAACAGGCUGUUGAGGAAAGUAAACAGAAUUUGUUGGAAAAAGAACCUCUGAUAUAUCUCUCCUUUGGUCUUGCUAAAUGUGGUUUAUCAGUUCCAGCAUCAACUAUUAUAAGAAGGUUGAUAGAAAUGGAACUAUAUCCUCCCGUGACUGCUUGGUCUGCAAUUUUGGCCCACAUGUCACAAACAGCUCCUGGAGCUUACCUUACUGCUGAGUUGAUCCUUGAGAUAGGUUACUUGUUCCAAGGUGGCAGGGUGGACCCGCGUAAGAAGAGCAAUGCACCUUUGAUUGCUAUGAAGCCUAAUACUACUUCUGUGAAUAUUGCUUUGGCUGGGUGUCUCUUGUUUGGGAAAACAAGGAAAGCUGAGCAGCUCCUUGAUAUGAUGCCUCACAUUCAUAUUAAAGUCGAUGCAACUUUGUUGAUAACAAUGGCACAUAUAUAUGAGAGGAAUGGGAGAAGAGAAGAACUCAAGAAGCUUAAGAGACAUGUAGAUGAAGCUUAUAGUUUAAGCGAUAUUCAAUUUCGGCAGUUCUAUACUUGUUUACUACAAUGCCAGUUGAAAUUUGGGGACCUUGAAUCUGCUUCCAACAUGGUUUUGAAAAUGCUUUGGAAAGCAAAGGAAGCACGCAACUCUUUUGCUGCAGCCACGCUUCUCAUUCAAGAUAACUGCGAGUCCUCUACAGGACAGUUUUCUCAGAAAAGUCUGAACCGCAGAGAACCAGAUGGCUUAAAGAAAAAUACAUCAAUUGGAGAUUGUAUGAUUUCUUAUAAAGAGUUCUUUAAAGAUCGAAACUUUUUGAAACUUGAAGCAGAGGCAAAGGAGCUACUUGGUGCUUUGUUAGGAAAGUUGCAGACACAAGUUGAAUUAAUUACAACUGAUCAUGGUAUUCUUCUGCCUACUGAUAAAAUUUAUGUGAAACUGAUCAAGGCAUAUUUAGAAUCUGGCAAGACUAAGGAGUUGGUUGCCUUUCUCAACAAGGCCGAGAAAGAAGAUUCCCCUGCUUCUAAUGAUGAUUCAGUCUUAGUUCAUGUCAUUAAUUCAUGCAUUUCACUUGGGUGGCUCGAUCAGGCACAUGACCUUCUUGAUGAGAUGCGUUUGGCCGGGGUUAGAACAAGUUCUUCUGUAUAUGCUUCCCUUUUAAAAUCCUAUUGUAAAGCUAGCAGAGCAGGAGAGGCUGCAUCACUUCUACGAGAUGCUCGUAGAGCAGGGAUCCAACUAGACUCAAGCUGCUAUGAGGCCUUGAUUGAAUCCCGAGUUCUGCAAAAAGAUACUCAUGGUGCCCUCCACCUGUUCAAGGAGGUGAAAGAUGCUAAAAUAAGUAGAGCUAGUCAUCAGGAAUUUGAGAUGUUGGUUAAGGGAUGUUCAGAGGGUGGUGAAACAGGGUUGAUGACAAAGCUCUUGCGGGAAAUCGAGGAUGGGCAGACAUUGGACUCUGGAGUUCAUGACUGGAAUAAUGUAAUCCAUUUUUUCUGUAGAAAGAAAUUGAUGAAAGAUGCAGAGAAGGCUUUGAAGAACAUGAGGAUCCUGGGGCAUGCUCCAAAUGCUCAGACUUUUCAUUCUAUGGUAACAGGCUAUGCUGCUAUUGGGGGGAAGUAUGUGGAGGUGACAGAGCUAUGGGGUGAAAUGAAAGCUCUUGCUUCAGCCACCUCAAUGUUGUUUGAUCAGGAACUCCUGGAUUCUGUACUUUAUACAUUUGUUAGAGGUGGAUUUUUUGUUCGGGCAAAUGAAGUUGUUGAUAUGAUGGAGAAAGGGAACAUGUUCAUUGACAAGUACAAGUAUCGAACCCUCUUCUUGAAGUACCAUAAAACACUUCAUAAGGGAAAAGCUCCCAAAUUCCAGACAGAAGCACAACUAAAAAAGAGAGAAGCAGCAUUAAGCUUCAAGAAGUGGGUGGGUUUGCAGUAAGGAAACUUUUCUUCCAUGUCCUGCCCAGAUGAAAAUUUUUAAGUGGUGUUUGGUAGAGGGGAGUGGCAUGCCAUUCCCAGUAAUGAGAUAAACUGGGAAAUCAUUUCUCAUGUUUGGCAGAAGGGUUAUAUUAUAUUCCCAGGAAUGUUGUACUCCCUGAAUUCUUGUAUUCCUACUCAAUAUAGGCAUGUGAUACCUGCCAAUCAGUUUGGGUAUCUUACUUUUCGCAUGGUAUAAUUCUAACAGAAGACAAAACUAACCCCUAUUAAUUCCUCUCAACAACUUUGCCUAUCUUCUAUGACUCUCAGCCAAGCCGCCUUGAUUGCUUAUUGUGGAAGGCAAUCUGGCAUCCACAAUCAAUGCUUGUUGCUUUCAAUUUUCUCAGCUGCCUCCAAAACCAGUAAAAUGGCGAUGCGUAGCAUCAUUGAGCUGUAUCUUAUUUCAGGCAUAUCCAUCUCUCUCUCUCUCUCUCUCUCUCACACACACACACAUUUCUUGUUUGAUUCUCGAGAAAAUAAAUUCAAUAGUUGCUUGUUUUUCUCUUUUUUCUUUUUUAUUUUAUAAUUUUUUUUCCUACUUGUGCUACUUAUAUUUGUGAUCUGCUUUUCCUAGUUCAAUUGAUGUAAGUGAUUGAAUUUGAAGUUUAGAGUUUGAAAUUUCAAAUUUAAUAUUGGGAAAGAUUAACUAUAUGGAUCUAUGGCUUUCUGGGGAUAGUUUCUGUGACAUGCAUUGUGAUGUUGAAUCUUGUAUAUGUUCAUUUGACUUGCACUAUGUAGACUGUAUCUCUGUGAUCUUCUACCAACAAAAGCCUUCCCAGUUCCCAUUAUCUCAAUAAUCUUCUUAAGCUAGUAUAAUCUCUUACCAACAAAUUAAUUCACUGAAAUAAUGCUUAUGAUUAUGGUUCUGAGUUUAUUCAUAAGCCUUUGUACUUAAUACUGUAAAGGUGUUUUUAUCAUAUUUAUUAUUUACACUUUUUGUUUAACAGAAACGACUUAUCUCCCUAUAUUGAGAAAGAAGAUGUUCAUUAUUCUGGUUUGCUCUCUUUCAUUAUUCUUCUUCUGUGGGGACCUUUUUAUCGCUGCAAAUACUAAUGGGAUGCCUGUUCUUGAUCUACUGUCAAGCUGCUAGUUUAUCUAAAGCGAAGUACAAAUAUUCAACUAUGAUAGGCUUCCUGAGAUGAGCUUUUUGGUGUAAGAUUGAAGUAACCUCACUUCUUACUGUGUAGAACAUCUAAGCUAAGAAUAAAGGAACCUCUGUCCAUAUCAGACAUUGUUUUAUAUUGAUCAGUGCAGAUGUUAUAAUAAGAUACUAAGGCUAUAGGAAAGCAGAUAAAAGAUGGAGUAAGAUUGAUGGGGUGUAGUGCUGAUCAGAGUAAAUGGCCUAUCCAUCUGGAGCAUGGAAGUGGGGCACUGUGGCACUACCUUGUCUUUGAUUCCUGGUAUCAAAUUAAGGAUACAUUUUUCAAGAUGAUAUUGUUGGACAUUAUUUUCUGAUAAUUGUUGACAACUCAUUUUCCCCCAUUGAUUCAGUUCAAAAACAAGAGUCUUCCUCAACCACAAUUGUUACGGCUAAAAGAUUGGUUCUCAAAAUAAAAUUAUAAAGUCCUUCAUAUAAAAGGAGACUUGAACCUUAUCUCUUCACCUUCUCAUAAGACCAGAAACAGCUCAACUCAUCACUUCCAUCCAAUCCAUUCUACUCAUUUUUAUUGCUAGUUCAUCCAUUCAUGUCUCUUUCUUAAAUCCAAAUUUAUGUAAAAAAAAAAAUCAUCUUUUCCAAUGGGGAAAUAGGAUACCAAGGCUAUAGGAAAGCAGAUAAAAGAUGAGUAAGAUUGAUGGGAUAUAGUGCUGAUCAGACUUCAGAGUAAAUGGCCUAUUCAUCUGGAGCAUGGAAAUGGUGCACUACCUUGUCCUUGAUGCCUGUUACCAAAUUAAGGGUACAUUUUUCAAGAUGACAUUGUUGGACAUUAUUUUCUGAUAAUUGUGGACAACUCAUUUUCCCCAAAGAUUCACUUCAAAAACAAGAGUCUUCCUCAACUGCAAUUAUUACGACUAAAAGAUUGGUUCUCAAAACACAGUUUAUAAAGUCCAGCAUAUAGAAGGAGAUUUAACCCUUAUCUCUUUACCUUCCCAUAUGGCCAUUUCAUUGCUUUGCCUCCAGGGCACACAGUUGAAAUUUUGUUUAGCCUACCAUCCGCGAAUGGAUGGGCAAAUGGAGGUCUUCUUGAGCUAUACCAUUGAAUCCUAUCUGCAUUUUUUCUCCUCGGAGCAGCCUAAGCUAUGGUUGAAGUGCUUGUGCUGGGCUGAGUAUUGGUACAACACCUCCUUCUAAGGUGCUGUCUGCCAAACACCAUUUGACCACCUCCCACCUCAGUUGUUUCUUGCAUGGAGAGACACAUGUUGAAUCCGUGGCCCAAAAUUUGGUUGAUUGUGAUGAAAUUUUCUGCCUGCUGCAAUUUAACCUCAACUGGGCACAACAACAGAUGAAAAAAAUUUGCUGAUAAGCACUGGAGGGAUGUCUAAUUUGAUAUCGGUGUCAAGGUGUUUCUUGAGCUUCGUCCCCACUGCCAACAGUCCAUGGCAUGACGAGCCAAUAAAAAAUUGGUAGUGAAAUAUUUUGGUCGUUUCGAGAUUGUGGGAAAAUAGUUGUUGUUGCUUACAAAUUGCGCCUGCACCAGCAUCCAAGGUACACCCUGUUUUUCAUGUUAAGAGAGUAAUUGGCAAUAUUCGGUGGUGACCACUCUUCCUAUAGAUUUGGUGGCUAAAGACACUCAUUGAGCCUGAAGCUAUUUGCCAAACCAGCACUGUCCAGAAAGAGGGCCCAUUUUAGCCCUGGGAUAAGGCUAGUUUUCCUUGGGAUGGCAACGGUGGGCAUGCAGUAGCUAGUCCAAACCGUAGGACCUUUCAAGUAUAUUCUAGAAGAGCAAAUGAAGGUAAUGACAGAGAGGAGGUUGUUAGUGGUGCCAGUGGCAUGUGAAGGGGUGCCAACAGCUGGAUGAGUAGGAGAGAGAGAAAAAGUAUAAAUAAAGGGGUGUGGAAACAGCUUUGGCAUGUCUUGAGAAUUCGGUUAAGUGUCUUCUUUGUAAAGAAGGGGUUCUUUUCCUUGUUGGGGGAAUCCUUUCCUGGUGGUUAGAGUCAGCCAAUUCUUUCCUUCUUUGUUCUUUUACGGUUAUCGUGUGGCAUUGUAAUUGAGAUAGUGAGAUAGUGAGAUGAGAUUUUUGUAUUGUUCAUUUAAAAAUUAAUAGCAAUUCUGUUCCAUCUUCUCAUCUA